CGCAGCCGCAACGCGCAAGUGACAUAGUACUGCCAGCCGUCUCCGAAGCGGCAUUUAAUAUCAAUCAAUCAAAUAAUACCGAAAAAAUGAAGACCAAAGAGAAGAUUGACAUCAGUCACAUCAGUGGGGGCGCGGUCGCUAUCAACGACGAAAGCUGCAUUGAGGAGGGAUACAAAGGGUUUGCGUCUCGGCAACAGAUCGUGAACCUGGAAGGCAAGAGUCAGCUUGAAGAGAACAGCACUGACAAUCACCACCACCAUGUCACACAUCCGACCUCAUAUUUGGACACUCUCCUGCAUCUGUUCCGGGGCAACAUCGGCUCUGGGCUGCUGGCGAUGGGAGACGCCUUCAAGAAUGGCGGUAUCAUCUUCUCUCCCUUCAUGACCAUUUUUCUCGGGAUCAUCUGCGUCCAUUCGCAACAUUUACUUCUGGACUGUUCCGAGGAGAUGUACAGGAAAACAAAGAGGGCCAAGCCGCCAGGGUUUGCCGACACCGUGGCGCUUGUAUUCGAGUACGGGCCAGUGCGGCUACGGCGCCUGGCGCCUGCCAUGAAGUUGCUCGUCAACAGCUUUCUUUGCAUCACGCAGCUAGGCUUUUGCUGCGUUUACAUCGUCUUCAUAGCCAACAACAUAAAAAUGAUAUGUGACCAAUAUGAAAUACAUAUAGACCUUUCGAUUCACAUGAUGUUUGUGUUCGUACCGAUUCUUAUAAUAUGUAUGAUACGAAACCUGAAGUAUCUGACGCCGUUCUCUACACUUGCUAACGUGCUGAUGGCGAUAGGCGUGGGUGCCGUAUUGUAUGAAGCCACUCAGGAUUUGCCUCCAGUAGACUCGAGGGUUUAUUUGGCCUCCUGGUCUCAGCUGCCACUAUACUUCGGAACUGCCAUUUACGCUUUCGAGGGCAUUGGACUGGUAUUGCCCCUAAAGAAUGAAAUGAGAAAUCCCGAGCAGUUCCAGAAGCCACUAGGAGUAUUGAAUGUCGGCAUGGUGGUCGUCGCCAGCAUAUUUGUCACGGUGGGCUUCCUAGGGUACCUCAAGUGGGGAGACGAUGUCGCUGGAAGUCUGACUCUCAACUUGAAGCCUGGAUAUGUGUUGAGCAUGACGGUUCAGAUACUGAUAACCCUCGCGAUGUUGUUAACCUACCCGCUGCAAUUCUACGUGCCCAUCUCGAUCACGUGGCCAGCCUUACGUAAAAAGUACGCACAGAAAUCGUCCGUCAUCAAGGAGUUGGGUUUCAGAUCCGUUUUGGUGCUGGUUACCUUUGUACUAGCGGAGUCGAUUCCACAGCUUGGCUUGUUCAUCUCACUCGUGGGUGCCGUGAGCAGCACAGCACUGGCACUCGUGUUUCCGCCGGUCAUCCAGCUGGUGUCCACGUACCAGGACAAGAACGGCGUCCCGCUUCUCAUGGCCUUCAAGAACGCCUUCAUCAUCCUUCUGGGUAUAUUCAUAUUCAUCACCGGCACCUAUGAGAGCGUCGCUUCGAUAGCGCGCGCGUUUUAGAGUUUACAUAUUAUUAUAUUAUAUUCUAGAGUAAGAAUGUUAGGGAAAAUAGUUUACUGUUAUUUUGUAUCCCAAGGUAUUGUUCAGCUUUACUGGAGCCUUUAGGGUGUUUUACCCAAUUUCUUUAUGCGCUAGCACAGUUAAGAGCCCACUAUACCUCGGUAUAUACCACUAAGUAUAUGUCCUUGGUCUCGUAUCUCACAACAGACAUGCGACGGGAGUAAAUUUCGCGGUGAUUGCUGCCAAAAGUCACUGUCACACAAUGACAUUAUUUUGUAUUCAAUUUAAUUUAUAAAGCACAUUGCAUACACAUACAUUUAUAAUACAAGAUUUAAGAGAUUUUUUUGUGCGCAGCCAUUUUGAAAAUUAUAUACAUAAUUCCACGAAUUUCUAAAACACAAGUAGGGCAUUGUACCUAUAGCAGGGAAACCGAUUUUAUUGCGGAUUCUCUGUAUCGAAAAAAUCAUUUACUGAAGAAUAGCGUGUUAUAUAGGAUAUUAUGCAGUAACAUAUUAUAGAUAAUCCACUGAAUUCUCUGUAAUGUUUUUAUAGUUGAGUCGUAAGUUGAGUGAAGUUAUAAAUUAAUAAAUUUUCGGAUUGUGUAAACUCCUAAGCAGACUGGUUGCUGCAGUGUCACCAGGCCCUAGCGAGUAAGAAAGCUCUGCUAGGGCGUGUAAAAAUUAGGUACAACACCUUCGUUAAAGGCUGACCCCAGUAGGUAAGGCUGAAACCACACUUUGGGAUUAAUGCGAUGUUUCAACGAAAGCGACAUUUUACACUUAUUUAAUAGCUUUAUUAAAAACGCGACAAAUCUUAUCCGAAUUCGAGUACGAUUUUUUUUAUAUACACAAGAAUGUAUUAUCUUGUUGGUCCCAUUUGAACUUAGUGAGAAUCUUUUCUUUGGAGAUAAAGUACGCAAGUCCUAAAAGGACACUAGAAAAUUACGCAAUUAGUGCAAUAAUAUUAGUAAAUAUUGUAGUUUUUUUUAAUCUAUACGCGCAUUUUAUAGGGAUCUUAUUGCCGAGGCCUAGUAGUAGCCUAUAACAUAAUCACUUCUUGGACCCAGUUUGCCCUUAAAUUGCAUAGUUGGCACUGACUUCUUCUACUUGCCCUCAUCCUUUCGAGCAUGUAGUUUUAUUUUCCGUAAGCACUACAAAAAUCUGAUAUUGAAAGUACAAAAGUACUACUGUAAGUCAUUUCCUAUAUUAUUUUAAUAGAAUAGGUAGAAUAAAUAUUACAGGGUAUUUUGUUUUAGCGCAGUCAGUAAGGCGAAAACUUAAAUUACCUACUAUAUUACUACUUAGAUUUUCGACUCACUAACAGCUCUCACAAUUAAACCCUGUAGGUAUCAUGUGAUAUGCAAUUAUAAAUUGGGUAUUAUAAUAAAGUGAUAGUUUUGUGAUGAUCUAUUAGGUAUUAUUUAAUUAAUUUAAUAUAUUUGCUGCCUAAGAAAUCUUCUGAAUUUUGUAAUAGAUAAGUAUUAAAACAUAAAAAUACCUAAUGAGAAUAAUUCGAGUUACCGAUUAUCAGUUGUGAUGCUCAUUUCGAUUUUUUGAAGAUAAAUAUUUACGUUAAUUUGAACUUAGAAGCAUAAUCGUAUUCGAUGAUAGGUACAUAAAUAUACGUACCUACCCGAGUAAGUACCUAUUCAGUUAAUUAAGUGGUCUGCAAUUAGGCGACAUUUCUAAUAAAUGCAAUUUAUUAUUAGUAGAGAACCGCCAGACAAAAAAAUCUAUAUCCACGACUCCAGAGGCGUAGACUCAGCUCCUAAGAGUGUGUAGGGAAUAUAGUAAUUAUUUUGAUUGAGAGUACCCCGGCAAAUAAGUUGAACACAAGUACGUGGGGCUGCGAAAAAUCUAAAGGUGGCGAAUACUGCCCGUUGAACUUUCUUGUAACCACUCCAAGAAGUUUACGUUCAGCUAGGCAAAGGGAAAUAUUAGUCAUAUUUAAAAAUCUGAGAGCAAUUUUGUUUAAUAUUGCUGAGUUUCUUGCUUGAAUAUUCUAUAGAAAGAGUCUUUGAAUUUUGACUAAAUAUACGAAAAAUACAAUACCUAUAUGUGCAUCGAAAGUAGGCCUACUUGAAAUAAAGUUUGAUUAAAUAUAUAUGUUUAUAUUGUUCAAAUUAUUUGCCUGGCUACGUUUGCGUUAUAAAUAUAAUACAAUAUCUGUGCAUAAUGCCUAUUUUCCCAAUUUAUUUUAAUUAUUAGGAUGUAUAAUAAUUUUAAGUAUAAUGCAUUAUUUUUAAAUUUAUAUUUUCCUAUGGAAAUUGAAUACUAUACUUAUAAUAAAUAAAUAAAGAAACUUUAUUCAGCUGUGAAACAAAGACAUCUUUUACGCAGCCCUGUAUUCUGACUAAGUCUAAUUACUAAGUCACUGUGGAUUUUAGACACGCCACUCCAUGCAAUUUCACAGUGAAAUCGUCAGUUAGUAUUUUCAAAAAUAUUACUCUUAAUAAAGUAAAUUGAUAAAGCAAAAAUUUUACUAGCCUUUUCCACAGGAAGCAUUGUGUAAGAUGACACUACACUAGCCCCAUGAAUUUCGUUAGUUUGGAGUUAAGUGAGACACUUAAGUUUAUCCUCGGACUACUGACGGAUACGCAAAUAAAACAAUAUUGGUACGACAAAAUAUUUUAAUAACUUUUCAAAAAAAUGGCGGGCUUUGGCUAGCUUGACGUACCAUACCAUAAUGGCGACAUUUUUGGCAUGGCGGUCAAGUACGACGACAUGACGGCUUUGACAAAUUGUCUAACUAUAAUCUGUAGUCGGUGCACUGGCUGACGUCUCAUCCGUUACAUAUCUCUAUAUAUUUUUUUAAUUUAACCUAAAUUUGAGGACUGCCGAUUUUUUUACUACAGUAACUACCUAUAUAAAGCCACGUAGUCACUAGUAUACAAAUGUUUCAGAUACCUAACUUAAAUGUAUAACUAGUAUAUAUUCUUUUAUAAUGUCCUUUACCUUUUAAGCCUGGAAGAGAUCGCUAUGCAGCGAUAAGGUCACGAAGUUGUACCCUAAAAUUAAAACUAUUUUAUUUAUAUAUCUUUGAUCUAAAAGUGUUUUCAUUUAGUAUACUAAUGAAUGCGAUUAAAUAUAAACCAAAUGUCGUGUCUUGUAUAUCCGCUGUACGAAGCUGUUUUGACAGUCGUUAAUAAAGUAUCAUACGCAAU